AUGUCGCAGCUGGGCCGCGUGCCGGUGGGUGUGCUGGUGCCGCCGCCGCGGUACGCGACGCUGCCGCUGCCGCCCGCGCACUACCCGCCGCCGCCGGGCAGGCUCUACUACCCGCUACACGACGCUCGGUUCCGUCGCAGGCGAUCGCCCCGCGAGCGUCGCGCCGAGCGGAGACGUCGCGAGGAGCGCGAGCGGGACUCGAAGCUGACGCGGUCGCUCGAGCGGAUACACCGCAAGCGGCGAGCGGACCGCGACCGACCCUCCGACGCCGACCUCAAGCGGACCUACACGGGACUAGACAGGGCGUACGCGGAGCAGUUCAUAGCUGUGUGCGACGAGAGCCGACACGCGGCGGAGAGCCACGACUCGCUCGCGAGCACGACCGCCUCCAGCGACACCGCGCACUCGCAGGCCACCGCCUAG